AUGUCCGGUCUUCGGAGAGCCGCACGGGCAGCGCCCCUCCUUGCUUUGCUGCAGCUCGUUGGAGGGGUGGAUGGCGCGUGCAAUCCCUUCUGCGAGAAGAAGACCGAGCCGUGGGAGUCGCUCUGCACCUGGAAUGGCUGCGACAGUUGCAGCGAAUGCUACGUCCAACCACCGCCUGCAAGCCCGCCACAAUGCCAGGGCUUCUGUGAAGCAAAGACGCAACCCUGGGACGCCCGGUGCAGCUGGGCCGGCUGCGGCGGCUGCACCGAGUGCGGCGCCGAGUCCGAGUGCAAGCCGUUUUGUGAGGACAAGACGCAGGCAUGGGAUGACAAGUGCACCUGGGAGGGCUGCAAGGGCUGCACCGAGUGCUCUCCCGCGCCGGCGUGCAAGCCGUUUUGUGAGGACAAGACGCAGGCAUGGGAUGACAAGUGCACCUGGGAGGGCUGCAAGGGCUGCACCGAGUGCUCUCUCCGUGCACCGGUGUGCAAGCCGUUUUGUGAAGACAAGACGCAAGACUGGGAUAACAAGUGCACCUGGGGGGGGUGCAACGGCUGCACCGAGUGUUCCCCCGCGCCGGUGUGCAAGCCAUUCUGUGAGGACAAGACGCAAGACUGGGAUAACAAGUGCACCUGGGGGGGCUGCAACGGCUGCUCCGACACACUCCACUACGAGGCCCAACUGCCUGUCAGCGAGGAGGACACCACCAUCGGCAACAUCGUCGACACCGUGGAGGCGAGGCCGGAGAGAUUCUCCGAGAUCGCCGCACCGUCUCUGACCACGGGCAUUUGCGCCCAACAGGCGGCCAUGGGGGCCACGGAGGAGUCUGAAAUCGAGCUCCUGCAGCAGGAUGGUCCGAUUACCUUUGACAUCGCGGACGGGCAGCAGGUCACUGGCGACCAGAUUAAGACGGCCGUCAAGUCACAGUGCUAUGAGGGCAGCGAGUGCGACGUCAACGCAACCGAAACGCAUGCCGAGCUCCAUCGCUGGCGCGGUGCGGCGUGGACUCACGCGAGGGGCGGUGUGCGCUCUAGGAACGGGCGAGCGCUCUCGGAGCAGGACCUCAACCAAACCGUUCGUGCCAUCAACGCGUCGCAGGUUGCUGCUGACUUGGCGGAUACAGCAGGCGUGCAAGUGCAAGCGGAGUCAGCGGGGUCGGAGAUCGACGUUGCCAUCGAGGCCACUUCUCUGGGCUCGAGCUGCGAGAUUGGCGAUGUCAGCUCGGCGCUCGCCCACACGACAGGCUCCAACGUGUCGACCGUGUCCGAGGACUGCCUGAGCUGCGAUUUCGAGGUCGACACUUGCGCCUGGACCGACACCGCGCCGGACGGGUACUCUUGGACGCGCACGAACGGCGGCACGCCAUCGUACAGCACAGGCCCGGGCAGUGGCCACAGCGGCUCGGGCUCCUACCUCUUCACCGAGGCCAGUGGUCGCACCAACACGCCGCACCAGCUCGAGAGCCCGCUCUUCUCGCUCCAGCAGGCCGCCACCCUCUCCUUCUCCUACCACAUGUACGGCUCCAACAUGGGCACCCUCUCCUUCGAGGCUUACGACAACGAGACGGGCUGGUCGACGCUCUGGAGCAGGGCUGGCAACCAGGGCAAUAGCUGGCUCGACGCGGCGGUCGUUCUGCCCGCCUCGACGGUGCAAGUGCGCUUCAACGGCCGGACGGGAAACGGCUGGUACUCGGACAUGGCGCUGGACGACGUCUCCUUCUCGCAGUUUGUGCCUCCAGCAUCGCCGCCGUCGCCGCCCUCGCCUCCGCCGCAACGGUGCGACUCAUACAGUGCCAUGCACGUGUGCUGGUCGAAUGACGGCUCCGGCAAUCACGGCUUCACGGGCAACAACCGAACUUACCUCGGGACGCCCGACACCUCCGCGGGCUGCCGCGCGCUGUGCGAGGAGCAGAGCGAGACGGGCUGCUGCGAGUGGCGCUCGAGCAAACACUGCAACUGGAAGCGGAAUGCCGAUCUGUAUGACUCGGCGGCACACACGGACACGAUGAGCUUCCUGUGCUCUGUUUGGUCCAAAUUGGGGUAG